AUGGAGGGAGAAAGUACGCGUCAGAAAAGGAGAUCGAAGAGGAAGGAAGACGACAAGAAAACGACGGUUAUGAACGACAGGACGGAGAAAGAGCCGCCAAACGUAGCGAUCGAGAACGAGAAAAGCGAGCGAGCGAGCGAGUCGAUAGAGGGGUGGCCGACGGAUUAUGGCGGCGGUCGUAAGUGCAGCGGAGGCAUGGUACGGCCAGAUCCGAGAGAAAGAGGGAGGAGAGGGGGGCGUAGAGAUGAGAGGAAAAGCGACGGAUUGGAAGGAAUAGACGGGCAGAGGAAGGAGGAGGGAGAAGAGAGGGAGGAAAGGAGAAGUGCGGGAAAGGCAGACGGAGAGAGGGAGAGGGAUAUAAGGCAAGUUGGAGGAUAA